AUGGUUGUCUUUGUCGCCAGCAUGUGGUACUACGAGGCAAACCGGCGGCCCAGGGACCCCCACCCGGACAAACCGGUGACCCAGGGACCCCAUGUAGGCAAACCAGUGACCCAGGGACCCCACCCAGGCAAACCGGUGGCCCAGGGACUCCCACCCAGACAAACCGGUGGCCCAAGGACCCCACCCAGGCACCCCACCCAGACAAACCGGGACCCCACCCAGGCAAACCGGCGGCCCAGGGACCCCCACCCGGACAAACCGGUGACCCAGGGACCCCAUGCAGGCAAACCAGUGACCCAGGGACCCCACCCAGGCAAACCGGUGGCCCAGGGACUCCCACCCAGACAAACCGGUGGCCCAAGGACCCCACCCAGGCACCCCACCCAGACAAACCGGGACCCCACCCAGACAAACCGGCGGCCCAGGGACCCCCACCCGGACAAACCGGUGACCCAGGGACCCCAUGCAGGCAAACCAGUGACCCAGGGACCCCACCCAGACAAACCGGUGGCCCAGGGACUCCCACGCAGACAAACCGGUGGCCCAAGAACCCCACCCAGGGACCCCACCCAGAUAAACCGGCGGCCCAGGGACCCCCACCCAGACAAACCGGUGACCCAGGGACCCCAUGCAGGCAAACCAGUGACCCAGGGACCCCACCCAGGCAAACCGGUGGCCCAGGGACUCCCACCCAGACAAACCGGUGGCCCAAGGACCCCACCCAGGCAAACCGGUGGCCCAGGAACCCCACCCAGACAAACCGGCAAACCGGUGACCCGGGGACCCCACCCAGAUAAACCGGUGACCCAGGGACCCCACCCAGAUAAACCGGCGGCCCAGGGACCCCCACCCAGACAAACCGGCAAACUGGUGACGCAGGGACCCCACACAGACAAACCGGUGACCAAGGGACCCCACCCAGACAAACCGGCGGCCCAGGGACCCCCACCCGGACAAACCGGUGACCCAGGGACCCCAUGCAGGCAAACCAGUGACCCAGGGACCCCACCCAGGCAAACCGGUGGCCCAGGGACUCCCACCCAGACAAACCGGUGGCCCAAGGACCCCACCCAGGCAAACCGGUGGCCCAGGGACUCCCACCCAGACAAACCGGUGGCCCAAGGACCCCACCCAGGCAAACCGGUGGCCCAGGAACCCCACCCAGACAAACCAGUGACCCAGGGACAUCACCCAGACAAACCAGUGACCCAGGGACCCCACCCAGACAAACCAGUGACCCAGGGACAUCACCCAGACAAACCAGCAAACCGGCGGCCCAGGGACCCCCACCCGGACAAACCGGUGACCCAGGGACCCCAUGCAGGCAAACCAGUGACCCAGGGACCCCACCCAGGCAAACCGGUGGCCCAGGGACUCCCACCCAGACAAACCGGUGGCCCAAGGACCCCACCCAGGGACCCCACCCAGACAAACCGGCGGCCCAGGGACCCCCACCCGGACAAACCGGUGACCCAGGGACCCCAUGCAGGCAAACCAGUGACCCAGGGACCCCACCCAGACAAACCGGUGGCCCAGACAAACCGGCGGCCCAGGGACCCCCACCCGGACAAACCGGUGACCCAGGGACCCCAUGCAGGCAAACCAGUGACCCAGGGACCCCACCCAGACAAACCGGUGGCCCAGGGACUCCCACGCAGACAAACCGGUGGCCCAAGAACCCCACCCAGGGACCCCACCCAGAUAAACCGGCGGCCCAGGGACCCCCACCCAGACAAACCGGUGACCCAGGGACCCCAUGCAGGCAAACCAGUGACCCAGGGACCCCACCCAGGCAAACUGGUGACGCAGGGACCCCACACAGACAAACCGGUGACCAAGGGACCCCACCCAGACAAACCGGCGGCCCAGGGACCCCCACCCGGACAAACCGGUGACCCAGGGACCCCAUGCAGGCAAACCAGUGACCCAGGGACCCCACCCAGGCAAACCGGUGGCCCAGGGACUCCCACCCAGACAAACCGGUGGCCCAAGGACCCCACCCAGGGGCUCCCAUCUCAGGGGCUCCCAUCUCAGGGGCUCCCAUCUUCAGGGGCUCCCAUCUUCAGGGGCUCCCAUCUCAGGGGCUCCCAUCUCAGGGGCUCCCAUCUUCAGGGGCUCCCAUCUUCAGGGGCUCCCAUCUUCAGGGGCUCCCAUCUCAGGGGCUCCCAUCUCAGGGGCUCCCAUCUCAGGGGCUCCCAUCUUCAGGGAUUCCCAUCUCGGCGGUUCCUCUGUGGCCUGUUGGAGUAA